AACGCAGCAGCAGAUGCGGGUCUUAUUUGUUCCCUCCAGCAGGAGGGCGUUCCUCCGGAGAAACAGACCGACACAGUGUGGCGAAUAACGCCGGUGUGCGUCCUUCAUAUCGAGACGCUGUCAACGCUUUGUUGUUGUUGUUGUUGUUGUUUUUCAUCGAAAGAGUUUUGUUUAACUCCCCGGGAUCCGGGCCUUGCUUCAUGUUGAUCCUCCAUGGUGGUAUCACUGCCGGGUGGAGGGGUGGGGGGGCAGGUAGACUCGGAAGACAUGGAGGCGAACCGUCUUUGCAGAGGGAGUGAGCUGUAGGACGCAGCAGGUCGGUGGCCUUCCGCACGAGGAGAGACGCAUCCGCGCGCACGCAGAAAAACAAAAACAAAACCCGCUUCGAAUAGUCACGCGUGAUGGAAACGACGCACGUGCAUUGGUGAUUUCCACGGGGGGUGUUUUCACUCCUAGAAUGGACCCGGCUCACACCGGAGGCGACAUGUCACCUUUGUGUGUGCCGAGGAAACGUAAAUGUGUCCCGUCCCAGCCCAAAGGGGGGGUGCCGUGUCCAGUCGUUCAGCGGAUACCGGAAAGAACCUGCGACUUGAAUUCAGUCGGAUAUCCCAAGAAUGACGAAGGUCAACCCCAAGAAGCUCUGAAGACGAAGAGAACGUACGGGAGGAAGAGGUAUGAGGACCUCCAGAGUGUUUCCAUAGGAACAGUAGAUUACCCAACCACCAGCUGCUCAGUGAUGUCAUCGGGUGGCCUGGCCAAUGGGGCAGACCCAGGGUCCAUGGCCCCGCCCACUGCAAGGCUUCCUCCGAGACUGGUGGGAAAGGACGCGUGGCCUCAAGGCCCCGAGGCCGGCAGGGACCUGCCCGGACCACAGCUGGACCGGGGCCCCGACGCCUGGGCCCCGGGUCGAGACCGUCCGCAGGAGCAGGUCUGGAACUCCGGCAGGGACCGGGCGGGACACUCCAGUCAAGAGCAGACGUGGAUCCCAGGCAGGGAUAGAGCCCACGGCGGGCCGGACCAGGCAUGGAUGACGGGCCGGGACCGGGGCCCCGAGCAAGGGUGGGCGGCCGACAGGGACCGAGGCCAGGAUCAGGUCUGGAACGCGGGCAGGGAUCCGGGGAGAGACGGGCCCUCCUCGGGGCCGGAGCAGGCGUGGGGAAGUGGCCGAAGCCAAGACCCAGGAUGGAGCAGAGAAAGAGGGCACGUCUGGAGACCUGACUUGAACAUGAAGAAAGUCCAAAGAGUGGAGAUGGACCAAAGCCCACCUGUUAACAACUUCUCACAGCCACCAGAGGGCCGGGACUCCUAUUCCGAUGCAGCCAGUGUCGGUGAGGCCUCGACGGACGGACCCAUCGAGGACCAGAAACCCCCCGUCCUCUCCACCAAGAAGGAGCCUCCCACCUAUCCUCCAGGAAGUCAGGAGGAGCAAUGGCAGCUCCAGAUUGUGGCCAAAGGCAGAGUCACAUGUCUCAAAUGUAAAAGUGUGAGCAGGAAGACGGUGGAGGGGCUGAAGAAGCACAUGGAGAACUGCAGACUGCAACCCUUCACCUGUCAACACUGUGGGAAGCAGCUGAAGUCCUCAACGGGGAUGAAGUACCACGUCAUGGCGGACCACAGCCACCUGCCCUCGGCAGAAGACGCCAAGAACCUGGACGACCGGGCCAUCAAAGACAAACUGCGUAAAAUCCUGAAGAGACUGGGCAAAUUAAAAUGCUCUAAAGAGGGCUGCAGUGCUGCCUUCACCAGCAUCAUGGGCUACGUGUACCACAUGAAGAAGUGUGGCAAGGAGGAGUCCGAGCUGGAGAAGAUGCUGCUGAGUUGUUCUCACUGCGGCAAAACCUACAAGUCCAAAGCCGGUCUGGAGUACCACCUGAAAUCAGAGCACGCUCCCACGCCGCUGAAGAGCGAGGAGGACGAGGCCCUGAAGGCCCACCGGGAGGCGAACCCGGAGAGGACGGCGAGCGGCCGCGUGCAGCGAGCGUCGGCCCAGGUGGCGAACUUCCACCUGGCCGAGAUCGCCAACAACGAUCUGCCCAAAGACUGGCCCAAGAGGAAGUUUCAGUCGGACCUGGUGCCGGACGACAAAAAGUUGAAAUACUUCCGGCCCGGCCUGCCGGCCUUCAGCCAGGAGGUGCUGCGGAAGUGGAAGAACGAGGUGAAGCUGCAGAAGAAGGUCCACUGUCCCAACCAGGGCUGUGGCUCCACCUACACCAGCGUGUCCGGACUCAAAGCUCACCUGGGACUCUGCACGAGGGGCGACUUUGAGGCUGGAAAAUACCGAUGUCUGAUCUGCAACAAAGAGUUUAACUCUGAAAGCGGCGUGAAAUACCACAUCAACUCCGUCCACUCGCAGGACUGGUUUGUGACCAACAAAAAGGCCUCCAAGAAGUUUGAGAAGUUCCUCAAAAACCAGCCCAAGGAGUGCGUCCAGAAUGUGGACAAGCAGAUCAUGGACCACUACCACCACCAUCAUCAUCACCACCUCCAGCAGCAGCAGCAGCAGCAGCAGCAGCAGCAUCAUCAUCAUCAUCAGCAGCAGCAGCACCACCUCCACCACCUCCACCACCACCACCACCAGCACCACCAGCAGCAGCAGCCGCCGCUGCAGUACCAACCCAUGCAGCACCCUCUGCAGCCGCUGCAUCACCUCCAGCACCAAACCCAGCACCUCCACCCGGAGCACCACGGCCUCCCCCUGCAGCCGGACGGCGGCCAGCUCCAGCAGCCGAUGCUGCACUACACCCCUUUGGAGCCUCCUCCCGGACCCAUGUGGGUGGAGAUGGACCGGGGGGAGGCCGGGCCGGGGCCGGAGCAGGCCCCGAUCGAGCUGGACAUGGCGGAUGUUGAGAAACCCGGAGAGGAGGUGGAGGAGGAGGAGGAGGCGGAGGAGGCGGAGGAUGGUGGCGGCGGCGGCAUGGCGGAGGGGAAAAGGAGAGAUAAGGGGGAGAGGGGGAAGGCUGAUGGGAAGCGGAAGGAUUGCUUUUCUUUCGGAGGUGCUGGUGCUGGAGAACCAGAUGUGGAGCAGCGGGACCGGCAGAGACGGAUCGACCAGUGGAAUCUGAAGCGUCCGGGCAUCAUGGAGCCCCUCCCCGAGGCCGGAAAGGCACAAAGUAACACUUAAAUAUAAUAAUAAUAAUAAUAAUAAUAAUAAUAAAUAAAACUCGCCGCUCCGUCCGUCCCGACGUUAUCGGCUGUGACGUAGAACCGGCGAAGAGCAGCUGCUGUUUCAACGACUUUUAACAUUUCUAGAAGACGACGAUGACGGAAACCUUCAAAAGAACCAUCAAGUAGGAUGUGAGACGACACACACACACACACACACACGCACACACACACACACUGUGGUUGUCCUCUGUAUAGCCUUGAGAAACAAAGUAAGGUAGCGUUUUACCUGUGUGUUCAUCUGUAACCGACUUUUAGUUAAAUGUGUCUUUUUUUUGUAUUCUUUUGGAUAAACCCCUUUCCUGUCCCAGUGCGGUGUGUUAUUAGACGUGUGUGUGUGUGUGUGUGUGUGUGUGUGUGUCUCUGAACACUCUUCAGUGUGACAUGUGUAACUUACUGCGUGCUCAUCCUCGCAAUCGGCCUGUUCUGGGUCAAAGUUCAAUACAAAGAGGAUUCAUCUUCACUGGAGGAAAAAAAAAAAGAAGAAAAUUCGACAGUGAGAUUUUAGAAUAUUAUUUACUUUUUUUUUUAAGGAAAGCUAACAUACCAAGCAUUUAACUUUUUUUUUAAUUUUCUGUUCAUUCGUCAAAGAGCGUAAUGUUUUUCCAUCAAAGGGUAUUUAACAGAUAGCAUGUUUGUACUAUGGUGGCGUAUGGUUAUGGGUGGUCGUCGGUCAUUUGUUUGUGACGUUUCUAGCACUAUUUCCCUUUUUUUUUUAAACUUUAUUGCAUUUAUGAAUGUAUUUUGUUGUUGUGCACUUAAAACAAAAACAAAAAAAGACUUCAUUUAUCAUUUGAAACCCUUUUUAAAUCUUUGUAUCCGUCUUUAACAAACUAUGACGUUAUGUCUCUGGUUCUGUUUAACGUGCUCCGCCCUUCGAUGCCUUUUGGAAGCUUUGAGAAAUAGAAAACCUCCUCGUACGUGGGAAGUAUUUCAAAAAGUAGGAUUUAAUUAACGUUUCAAUGUGGAAUUCUCUUUAUUCUCACUUCCUGUUUUUAGUCAUU